AGGAGGGAGAGAACAGGCUUUGACCGAUAGUAACCCCUGCAUUCGGCGCAGCCGAAUCUAUAAAAGGAACUAGUCCCGGCAAAAACCCCGUAAUUCCGAGGGCGAGUGAGAGGGGCCGGGUCGGCGGAGAGGAGCGGACACCUCUCUCCCCCGCAGCGUGUGGGCAGGAAGGGGGUACUGCGGCCCCAACGCCGCCAGUGCCAGUGUCUGGGGGCGCUUUGCUGAUUUUCUUCCCCCCUCCCCAUUUCUCCGGAAGGGCUUUUCAAGGGGUAGGGGAAAGAGACGGUGACAGAAAAGUGGAGAACAGUUAAUGACCAGCCACAGCGUCCCUGCUGUGAGCUUCUGUCACUGCCUCCGAGGGCUGGGCUCCGGAGCCACACUGCAGGUUGCUGUGGGUGCCGCUCAGGUAACAUGGCGUGUUGGCCUCAGCUGAGGUUGCUGCUGUGGAAGAACCUGACUUUCAGAAGAAGACAAACAUGUCAGCUGUUCCUGGAAGUGGUCUGGCCUCUGUUUAUCUUCCUGAUCCUGAUCGCUGUUCGGUUGAGCUAUCCACCCUAUGAACAACAUGAAUGUCACUUUCCAAACAAAGCCAUGCCCUCUGCGGGAACACUGCCUUGGGUUCAGGGGAUUAUCUGUAAUGCCAACAACCCCUGUUUCCGCUAUCCGACUCCUGGUGAGGCUCCCGGAGUUGUUGGCAACUUUAAUAAAUCCAUAGUGUCCCGCCUGUUCUCAGAUGCUCAGAGACUACUUCUGUAUAGUCAGAAGGACACCAGCAUGAAGAACAUUCACAAAGUUAUGAGCACAUUACAGCAGAUUGAGAAUUCCCGCUCACGUUUGAAGCUUCAGAACUUUCUGGUGGACAAUGAAACUUUCUCCGGAUUCCUUCAGCACAACCUCUCUCUGCCAGAGCCAGUUGUGAACAGGAUGAUGGGGGCUCACGUUAGUCUCCAGAAGGUAUUUGUGCAUGGAUACCAGUUACAUUUGGCCAAUCUGUGCAGUGGGUCAAAAUCAGAAGAGGUGAUUCAGCUUGGUGACCUAGAAGUUUCCACACUUUGCAAACUGCCAAGGGAGGGACUGGAUGCAGCGGAGCAAGUGCUUCGCUCCAACCUGGACAUCCUGAAGCCCAUCCUAGUAAAACUAAACUCCACAUCUCCUUUCCCAAGCAAAGAACUCGCUAAAGCUACAGAAACUUUGCUCAAUAGUCUUGGAUCACUGGCCAAAGAGGUCUUCAGCAUGAGGAGCUGGAGUGACAUGCGGCAGGAGGUGUUGUUUUUGACCAACACCAGCAGUUCCAGCUCCUCCACCCAGAUAUACCAGGCAGUGUCCCGCAUUGUGUGCGGCCAUCCCGAGGGUGGGGGACUGAAGAUCAAGUCCCUCAACUGGUAUGAGGACAACAACUACAAAGCCCUCUUUGGGGGCAAUGGCACCGAGGAAGAUGGCGUCUUCUAUGACAAUUCUACAUCUCCAUACUGCAAUGAUUUGAUGAAGAAUUUGGAGUCUAGCCCUCUUUCCCGCAUUAUCUGGAAAGCUCUUAAGCCUCUGCUUGUAGGGAAGAUCCUGUAUACACCUGACACUCCAGUCACCAGGGAGGUUAUGGCUGAGGUGAACAAGACCUUCCAGGAACUGGCUGUGUUCCAUGAUCUAGAAGGCAUGUGGGAAGAGCUCAGCCCCAAAAUCAGAACCUUCAUGGAGAGCAGCCAAGAAAUGGACCUUGUCCGGACAAUGUUAGACAGCAGAAGCAAUGAUCACUUCUGGGAAGAGCGAUUAAAAGGUGUAGGCUGGACAGCCCAGGACAUUGUGGCAUUUCUGGCCAAGCACCCUGAGGAUGUCCUCUUGGGGAACGGCUCAGUGUACACCUGGAGAGAGGCUUUCAAUGAGACCAACCAAGCCAUUCAGACCAUAGCUCGCUUCAUGGAGUGUGUCAAUUUGAACAAAUUGGAACCAAUAGCAACAGAAGUCCGCCUCAUCAACAAGUCCAUGGAGCUUCUGGAUGAAAGGAAAUUCUGGGCUGGGAUUGUGUUCACUGGAAUUGCCCCCAACAGCGUUGAGCUGCCCCAUCAUGUCAAGUACAAAAUACGAAUGGACAUUGACAAUGUGGAGAGGACCAAUAAAAUCAAGGAUGGGUACUGGGACCCAGGUCCUCGGGCUGAUCCCUUUGAGGACAUGCGCUAUGUCUGGGGAGGCUUCACCUACUUGCAGGACGUGGUGGAACAGGCUAUAAUCAGGGUGUUGACGGGAACCGAGAGGAAAACUGGUGUUUACAUGCAGCAGAUGCCCUACCCCUGUUAUGUCGAUGACAUCUUCCUGCGGGUGAUGAGCCGGUCCAUGCCCCUCUUCAUGACGCUGGCCUGGAUCUACUCUGUGGCUGUGAUCAUCAAGGGUAUCGUCUAUGAGAAGGAAGCCCGACUCAAGGAGACCAUGCGGAUAAUGGGUCUGGACAACUGCACGCUCUGGCUCAGCUGGUUUAUCAGCAGUCUCAUCCCUCUGCUCGUGAGUGCCAGCCUGCUGGUGGUCAUCCUGAAGUUAGGAAACCUGCUGCCCUAUAGCGACCCCAGCGUGGUGUUCAUCUUCCUGUCUGUGUUUGCCGUGGUGACCAUCCUACAGUGCUUUCUGCUCAGCACGUUCUUCUCCAGAACCAACCUGGCGGCAGCCUGUGGAGGCAUCAUCUACUUCAUGCUGUACCUUCCCUACGUCCUGUGCGUAGCCUGGCAGGACUACGUGGGCUUCUCCCUCAAGAUCUUUGCAAGCCUGCUGUCUCCCGUGGCGUUCGGGUUUGGCUGCGAGUACUUUGCCCUUUUUGAGGAGCAGGGCAUUGGUGUGCAGUGGGGCACCCUGUUUGAGAGCCCUGUGGAGGGAGAUGGCUUCAACCUCACUACCUCAGUUUCUAUCAUGCUGUUUGAUGCCUUCCUCUAUGGGGUGAUGACGUGGUACAUCGAAUCGGUCUUCCCAGGCCAGUAUGGAAUUCCCAGGCCCUGGUAUUUUCCUUUUACUAAAUCCUAUUGGUUUGGUGAAGAAAGUGAGGAGAAGAGCCAUCCUGGUUCCAGCCAGAAGGGAAUGUCGGAAGUCUGCAUGGAGGAGGAGCCCACUCACCUGAAGCUGGGUGUGUCCAUUCAGAACCUGGUGAAGGUUUACCGAGAUGGUAUGAAGGUGGCAGUCGAUGGCCUGGCACUGAAUUUUUAUGAGGGCCAGAUUACCUCCUUCCUGGGCCACAAUGGAGCAGGGAAGACCACGACCAUGUCCAUCCUGACUGGGCUUUUCCCUCCCACCUCGGGCACCGCCUACAUCCUGGGGAAGGACAUUCGCUCGGAGAUGAAUACCAUCCGGCAGAACCUGGGUGUCUGCCCCCAGCACAAUGUGCUGUUUGACAUGCUGACGGUGGAGGAGCACUUCUGGUUCUACGCCCGCCUGAAAGGGCUCUCCGAGAAGCACGUGAAAGCAGACAUGGAGCAGAUGGCUGUGGAUGUCGGGCUGCCACCCAGCAAGCUGAAGAGCAAAACAAGUCAGCUGUCAGGUGGAAUGCAGAGAAAAUUGUCUGUGGCCUUAGCCUUUGUGGGAGGAUCCAAAGUCGUCAUUCUGGACGAGCCAACAGCUGGUGUGGACCCUUACUCCCGCAGAGGGAUAUGGGAACUGCUGCUGAAAUACCGACAAGGCCGCACCAUCAUUCUCUCCACACACCACAUGGAUGAAGCGGACAUUCUGGGGGACAGGAUUGCCAUCAUUUCCCAUGGGAGGCUGUGUUGUGUGGGCUCCUCCCUCUUCCUCAAGAACCAACUGGGAACAGGCUACUACCUGACUCUGGUUAAGAAAGAUGUUGAGUCCUCACUCAGUUCCUGCAGAAACAGCAGCAGCACCAUGUCGUACCUGAAAAAGGAGGACAGUGUUUCUCAGAGCAGUUCUGAUGCUGGCCUGGGCAGCGACCAUGAAAGUGACACGCUGACCAUCGAUGUCUCCGCUAUCUCCAACCUCAUCAGGAAGCAUGUGGCUGAGGCCCGUCUAGUGGAGGACAUUGGCCAUGAGCUGACAUACGUGCUGCCUUACGAAGCCGCCAAGGAGGGAGCUUUUGUGGAACUCUUCCAUGAGAUUGACGACCGCCUCUCAGACUUGGGCAUCUCUAGCUAUGGCAUCUCAGAGACCACCCUGGAAGAAAUAUUUCUCAAAGUGGCGGAAGACAGUGGAGUGGAUGCAGAGACCUCAGAUGGCACUUUGCCAGCAAGACGGAAUAGACGAGCCUUUGGAGAUAGGCAGAGCUGUCUUCACCCAUUCACAGAGGACGAUGCCAUGGAUCCCAAUGAUUCCGACAUCGACCCAGAAUCCAGAGAGACAGACCUGCUCAGUGGAAUGGAUGGCAAAGGUUCCUACCAAGUGAAGGGCUGGAAGCUCACACAGCAGCAGUUUGUGGCCCUUUUGUGGAAGAGGCUGCUGAUUGCCAAGAGAAGCCGGAAGGGCUUCUUUGCUCAGAUUGUGUUGCCAGCUGUGUUUGUGUGCAUUGCCCUGGUGUUCAGCUUGAUUGUGCCACCCUUUGGCAAGUACCCUAGCCUGGAACUUCAGCCCUGGAUGUACAAUGAGCAGUACACGUUUGUCAGUAAUGAUGCUCCGGAAGAUAUGAGCACCCAGGAACUCUUGAAUGCCCUCACUGGAGACCCUGGCUUCGGAACCCGAUGUAUGGAAGGAAAUCCAAUCCCAUACAAACCCUGCUUGGUGGGGGAGGAGGAGUGGACCACUGCCCCUGUUCCCCAGACCAUCAAGGACCUCUUCCAAAAGGGGAACUGGACGAUGGAGAACCCCUCACCUGCCUGCCAAUGUAGCAAUGACAAAAUCAAGAAGAUGCUGCCUGUGUGCCCCCCAGGGGCAGGAGGCCUGCCUCCUCCACAGAGGAAACAGAAUACUGAAGAUAUUCUUCAGAAUCUGACGGGAAGAAACAUUUCCGAUUAUCUGGUGAAGACAUACAUGCAGAUUAUAGCCAAAAGCUUAAAGAACAAGGUCUGGGUGAAUGAAUUUCGGUAUGGCGGGUUUUCCCUGGGUGCCAGUCAUUCUCAGGCGCUUCCUCCGAGUGAAGAAGUUAAUGAUGCCAUCAGGCAAGUGAAGAAACACUUGAAGGUGCCCAAGGAUAGUUCAGCCGAUCGAUUUCUCAGCAGCUUGGGAAGGUUCAUGACUGGACUGAACACUAAAAACAAUGUCAAGGUAUGGUUUAACAAUAAAGGCUGGCAUGCCAUCAGCGCUUUUCUGAAUGUCAUCAACAAUGCUAUUCUCCGGGCCAACCUGCAGAAAGGCGAGAACCCGAGCAAGUAUGGGAUUACUGCUUUCAAUCACCCUCUCAAUCUCACCAAGCAGCAGCUUUCAGAAGUGGCUCUGAUGACCACGUCGGUGGAUGUUCUGGUCUCCAUCUGUGUCAUCUUUGCCAUGUCCUUCGUCCCAGCGAGCUUCGUCGUGUUCCUGAUCCAGGAGCGGGUCAGCAAAGCGAAGCACUUGCAGUUCAUCAGCGGCGUGAGGCCGGUCAUCUACUGGCUUUCUAAUUUUGUCUGGGAUAUGUGCAACUAUGUGGUCCCUGCCACGCUGGUCAUUAUCAUCUUCAUCUGCUUCCAGCAGAAGUCCUAUGUGUCCUCCACCAACCUGCCUGUGCUGGCACUGCUCCUGCUGCUCUAUGGGUGGUCAAUCACACCCCUCAUGUACCCAGCCUCCUUCGUGUUCAAGAUCCCCAGCACAGCCUACGUGGUCCUCACCAGCGUGAACCUCUUCAUCGGGAUCAAUGGCAGCGUGGCCACAUUCGUGCUGGAGCUCUUCACCAGCAAUAAGCUGAAUAACAUCAAUGAUAUCCUGAAGUCUGUGUUCUUGAUCUUUCCACAUUUUUGCCUGGGACGAGGGCUCAUUGACAUGGUGAAGAACCAGGCAAUGGCCGAUGCCCUGGAAAGGUUUGGGGAGAACCGCUUUAUCUCGCCCCUGUCCUGGGACUUGGUGGGACGGAACCUCUUUGCCAUGGCCGUGGAAGGUGCAGUGUUCUUUCUCUUCACGGUGCUGAUCCAGUACAGAUUCUUCAUUAGACCCAGACCUAUAAAUGCAAAGCUUCCUCCUCUGAACGAUGAGGAUGAAGAUGUGAGGCGGGAAAGACAGAGAAUUCUUGAUGGAGGAGGACAGAAUGACAUCUUGGAAAUCAAAGAAUUGACAAAGAUUUAUCAAAGGAAGAGGAAGCCUGCUGUUGACAGGAUCUGUGUGGGCAUUCCUCCUGGCGAGUGUUUUGGACUUCUGGGAGUUAAUGGGGCUGGGAAAUCAUCCACUUUCAAGAUGUUAACUGGAGAUACCACUGUUACCCGAGGAGAUGCUUUUCUUAACAAAAACAGUAUUUUAUCAGACAUCCAUGAAGUACAUCAAAACAUGGGCUACUGCCCUCAGUUUGAUGCUAUCACAGAGCUGCUGACUGGGAGAGAACAUGUGGAGUUCUUUGCUCUCUUGCGAGGAGUCCCAGAGAAAGAAGUUGGCAAGGUUGGUGAAUGGGCAAUUCGGAAACUGGGCCUUCUGAAAUACGGAGAGAAGUAUGCUGGCAACUAUAGUGGAGGCAACAAACGUAAGCUGUCCACAGCUAUCGCUCUGAUUGGCGGGCCACCAGUGGUGUUUUUGGAUGAACCAACUACAGGCAUGGAUCCCAAGGCCCGGAGAUUCCUGUGGAAUUGUGCCCUUAGUAUCAUCAAGGAGGGAAGAUCAGUAGUACUUACAUCUCACAGUAUGGAAGAAUGUGAAGCUCUCUGCACUAGGAUGGCAAUUAUGGUCAACGGGAAGUUCAGGUGUCUUGGCAGUGUUCAACAUCUGAAAAACAGGUUUGGAGAUGGCUACACAAUAGUGGUACGAAUAGCAGGGUCAAAUCCUGACCUGAAGCCUGUCCAGGAAUUCUUUGGACUUGCCUUUCCUGGAAGUGUCCUAAAAGAGAAGCACCGGAAUAUGCUGCAGUACCAGCUUCCGUCUUCAUUAUCUUCUCUGGCCAAGAUAUUCAGCGUCCUCUCCCAGAGCAAAAAGCGACUCCACAUAGAAGACUACUCUGUUUCCCAGACAACACUUGACCAAGUCUUUGUGAACUUUGCCAAGGACCAAAGUGAUGAUGACCACUUAAAGGACCUGUCGCUACACAAAAACCAGACAGUAGUGGACGUUUCCGUGCUUACGUCAUUUCUGCAAGAUGAGAAAGUGAAAGAAAGUUAUGUAUGAAGACUUUUGUUCAUACAGAGUGGCUGAAAGAAAGGUGAAACUAACCCUUCCUUCACACCGUGGUGAAGUGUUCUGGAGGAAGAGCCAGAAGUUUCUGUGGGAAGAAAUAAACUGGAUACUGUACUGAUAACUGUUCAAUGCAAUGCAAUUCAAUGCAAUGAAAACAAUAUUCCAUUACAGGGGCAGUGCCUUUGUAGCCUUUUCUUGUAUGGCUCUCAAGUGACAAAGACUUGAAUUUAGUUUAUUACCUUAUGCCUGUGUGAAACUCUAGUAUGGAACCCUGUGGACAUAGGGGUUUGACAUGUACUCUUUUGUAUUCUCACUGGGAUUGCAACCAUCAUUCAUUGCAUAAUCAUGGCCAGUGGUUAUUUAUCACCAUCAAAAGGCAUGUACAUCCUCAUUCAUUAAGCUGUGCCAUGCCAGGAGACUGGUUUCCUGGUGACACAUCCAUUGCUGGCAAUGAGUGCGCCAGAAUUCCUAGUGCCAAGUUGCUCAGAAAGGCUGAAAGCACCGUGGUGUGUCAUAUACACGUCUGUGAAAGCUGCUCUCUACUCAGUCUUAUUGACAUCUUUUAAGUAUCAGGCGACAAAAUGGUGCCAUGUGUGGGUUACGUCCUGCUUCAAUUAUCUUAUUGAUAAGCUGUGUAGUGUGGUAACAUGCAAAAUAUGAGUAUCUCUAGACACUUGAGACUUGGUUCCACUGCACAUAGCCCCUCGCAUGGAGCUGUGGGUAUCCCAUGGCUUGCUGGGACUCCUACUCAUACUUAGAUCCUGGUAAAAGGCAAAGAAUCCGCAGCCAGACUGCAGCAGUGGAACGCUGCUGAGGUCCAGGCAUGAAAUUAAAGGGAUGGCUUGAAGACUAGAGGAGGCCAGAGUCCAU